AUGCUUCCGCGAGCUUCCCUUGGCCGGACCGCCGCGCGCGUCUGGCGCAAUGGCUGCUAUCAACAGACCACCGUACGAGGCAUGGCAUCGCAGGCCGGUCUCGAAUUUGAGACUAGUGAGAGUGCUGGUGUGAAGCUUGCCAGCAGGGAGAUCUCUGGACCAACUACCACCCUUACCGUGGUUGCUAAGGCCGGUUCCAGAUACGAACCAUUGCCCGGCUACUCUGAGGCAUUGGAGAAAUUUGCUUUCAAGUCUACUCUCAAGCGUUCGGCCCUACGAAUCACCCGUGAGAACGAGCUUCUCGGAGGCCAGCUUUCCUGCUACCGAUCAAGAGAGAACCUUGUUCUCUCUGCCCGCUUCCUCAACAACGAUCUGCCAUACUAUGCUGAACUUUUGGGAGAAGUUGUCUCGCAGACCAAGUAUUGCACCCACGAACUCAACGAGCUUAUUUUCGACCUCAUCAAAGCCUCACAGAACAACAUUGCUGCGUCUCCAUCGACUCAGGCUCUUGAUGCUGCGCAUACCCUUGCUUUCCAUCAAGGACUCGGAAACCCACUCACCAUCCCAGCUGCUACUCCACUGAAGAAGUAUGUGUCUGCUGAGGGUGUUGCCUCCUUUGCACAGGGUGUCUACACCAAGCCAUCUAUUGCCGUUGUCUCCAGCGGUUCCAACUCUGCUGAGCUAUCCAAAUGGAUUGGCCAGUUCUUCAAUGAGCUUCCUACCUCCACUGCUUCCGGUCCUCUCGCCCCAGCUGCCACCCAGCAGACCAAGUACUUUGGAGGAGAGCAACGAAUCUCCAGCCAGGCCGGAAAUGCUAUUGUCAUUGCUUUCCCUGGUUCCAGCGCCUACGGCGCCUCUGGAUACAAACCAGAGCUCGCCGUUCUCGCCACCCUCCUGGGUGGAGAGUCCAGCAUAAAAUGGUCUACUGGAUCUUCCAUCCUCGCAAAGGCUGCUGAAGGUUUCCCUGGCGUCCGCGUCUCCACCAACCAGUCCGCCUACAGUGACGCUGGAUUGUUCCAUAUCACUAUCUCUGGCCAGGCUGCCGACCGUGUCUCUCAGGCCGCCAAGGCUAUUGUUGAUGCCUUGAACAACGUCGCUGCAGGCAACGUUGCUGCCGAGGACGUCAAGAAGGCCAUUGCCCUUGCCAGAUUCAAUGUGCUUGAUGCCGGAUCCAGCCUUACCGCCGGAAGCGAGGCUACUGGCUCUGCUCUCAUCCAUGGUGGCAAGCCAUUCAGCAUUGUUGCUAACGCACAGGGAAUCGAGAAGGUCACCGACGCCCAGGUCAAGGCUGCUGCCAAAUCCCUCCUAAGCAACAAGGCCUCCGUUGCUACCGUCGGAGAACUCUUCUCUCUCCCAUAUGCUGCCGACCUCGGUCUCACUGUGUAA